AUCUCCCCGCAGAGGCGUGCACACGGAGCUCAAAUACAGCGCUACAGACGCGCGCAUUUGACUCAUUCGGUUUGUCGGAGCGUACAGUGAGGUAAGCAGAGCCGCGCUGCCCACGCCAACGAGAACAUGCGUUUGUCUCGAACCAUAUCCACUCCCGACAUUGAAACAACGCGUUCGUCUUAGUCUAUCGUGAAGCGCCACUACCGCUACAAUUUCGAUUUUGGUGAAAAAAGUUUUACGAGGUGACGAAAGGUGCGACGGCUUGGACAUCUACUUUCCGUUUUGCUGUUUGCGGAGGACGCAUGAUUCACCUGUGUCGGACCAAAAGCGAAGAUUGCAUGAAAGAUCUCAAGGCUAUACUCGGCUGCGCCACACUGGGAGGCUUGCUGGAUAAGCAGAAGCAUCCCUGUGUCUACACAAAAGGGAAAAAACUCCAGCUUCUGUCUUCUACAACGAUGGCCUUGGCCUCCUUCCAUCUGAUGCAAACUCUAAAAAACUCUCCAGCUGCUCUGCGUAAGCGAUUCUGCCGCGACCGCACAGAGAGCCUGUCUCACGGCGAUCCCCUCUUCAAGGUGCACUACCUUGGCACCAAGAAGAUCUUCUCCCUGGACUUAGAGCAGGCGGAGGAUGCCAUCAAUCGACUCCUGGAUGGGGCCCCUAGGAAGCUUUCUAAAGAUCACGCCCUAGUAGUGCGACCCCGAUAUGUAGAAGUUAAAGAACUAAGCACGGGAAGACAGCUCACCAAGACCUACUUGCAGGAUAUUGCAUACUGUGCCUCGCAUACGGCUAGACCCAAUGUGUUUCUGUAUAUCUGCAGGCAGCCCGGUCAGCAGCUACAAUGCAGAGUGUUCUGGUGCAGUCGGGCAGAAAGGGCAAAGGACAUGACUGCCUGCCUAGCAAUGUCUUUUCAGAGAGCGCUCAACGACUGGCAGGGAGGAUGUGCCACGUUAACGCAAGGGCAAGGAAUCACUAAAGAGCCAGAGAUUCCUGGAACACCCACUGCACCCAAAGGGUCAACAUUGCCAGCUAGUUUGGGAAAAGUCCGUUGGAAGAAGAGGGGGUCGGUGUCCCACAGUCCUCUCCGUGCCAUUUCCAGAAGAGGUUCUGCAAGUGACAACUGGCACUGAUGUUCCCCAUCCCACUGUGAACUUUUACAACAGUCAUUUUGGGAUGCUUGGGAAUUUCCAGUGUUGAAUGUGAGGAAAAGAACAACCACACCUGCAGCUGAUGGAAUUUUUGAACUUUGAUAGAAUUUG